AUGCUCUGGGCGGUCCUGCACGAGGCUUUCAACUGCAGCAACGUGGACAUCUACGGGAGGCUGGCGAUUGGGAAAUCUACCGCAUUAUUCUUGUGUGAAGAGUGGACUGCCACACCUGUUUGCGAAGCCCUUGGUGACAUUGCUGAUGUAUCUGUGGCAGAUGAGAAGCAGCAAAUGAAAGCACUUUUUGAAAAUGUUGGAUCUUCAAUGUGUUCGGACCACUGUGAUUGGUUUGGAAACAGUGGUCUUGAGGCGAUGUCUCGAAAUGCUGAUACAUUACCCGUCAUCCAUUUUCUACAACUGCGUCCAACGAACUAUGAAAUUAAGAAAUUACAGGUCAAUGAAUUUGUCAAGAUUGCUAGAGCUGCAAACAUCCGUGCUUACAUAAUUUUCCAACUGAAGAAUGACAUAACUGCAAUGACGGGGAAAGCCAAGGCUCAACGGCGACUCAUUGACAGCUUACAUGAUGAGUAG